AUGAUAGUGAGAAACUAUCAGGAUGUGGAGGAGCUGAUGAGCCUACCACCUGAGAAAAUCUUGCUGAGGUGGAUGAAUUUUCAGCCAAAGAAAGUGGGAUACAAGAAAAUAGUCGCAAACUUCUCUUCAGAUGUGAAGUACUUUGUAAUCUCUGUUUAUUGGCUUUUACUUCCUUUGGAUGGUGCUCAAAUUGCUGCAGCUAUGUCUGUUGCAGAGGGUACUGCUCACAAAGGUCUUCAACAAUGCAUUGAAACAGCCAGGGUUGUGGCAUACCUCUUCCAUGUGCUUGAGGCUACAUUCACUGCGCUAGAAGAUCUUAACAAACAAGCCUUCUUGACUGAAUUGGAAGUGGAGAACAGGUUGCUGACUCGAUUUGAUGCAGCAUCACAGAGAAGAGAAUUGUCUACCAUGGCAGAGUGUCCUAAAAUUUUGUCUCAGUUCAACAAGGGUACUGGUGCCAUGCAACAUUAUAUUGGAUUAUGCCCAAUGUUUGACAUGGAGGCCAUGAAUGCAGACUCAAGAUUAGUUCUGGAUUACCAGCGUCCCCAACCUAGUUUGAAGUACUAUCCUUGA